CCCGCCAACGCAAGCGCCAGUCGUUACGUACACUCUGUGUAAAUCAGACGGCAUUGCUUAUUAUCGUACAUGUAAAUAUCGCGGUGAUUUUUCACAUUACGAAUCAAAUUGAGCUCUAACAUUAGUGCGACUUCUGAAUCUAAUUGAGUGAAGUGGAAAUCGCAUAGUAUUGCGAAGUGUGUCUUAAUAUAAAUAUAUAGUGUCAUAAGGCCGCUUUUUACGGAAUGAUAAUUCAAUGUGUUGUGGGAGUUCUACCACCGGAGCUUAUUGAAUGAAGUGGUCAUCACUAAUGUUGCGGUGUGCGGGGGCGCGGGGAGGAUGCGCGAGGAGGAGUUGGAGGUGGCGUUGAAGGUGGUGAUCGUGGGAGACGGCGGGGUCGGCAAAUCUAGCAUGAUCCAGCGCUACUGCCGCGGUACAUUCACGCGCGACUACAAGAAGACCAUCGGCGUUGACUUCCUCGAGCGACAGAUAGAGAUCGAUGGCGAGGAGGUGCGGCUGAUGCUAUGGGACACAGCGGGGCAGGAGGAGUUCGACGCCAUCACGAAGGCGUACUACCGCGGCGCACAUGCCUGCGUCCUCGCCUUCUCCACCACAGACCGGGAUUCCUUUCUUGCGCUGCACUCGUGGAAGCUGAAGGUCGAGAACGAAUGCGGUGAAAUCCCGACAAUAAUAGUGCAAAAUAAGAUAGAUUUGAUGGACCAGUGCGUCGUCGGACCUGACGAGGCGGAGCUAGUGGCUCGCGCGCUGGGCUGCCGGCUGAUGCGCGCCUCCGUCAAAGAGGACGUGAACGUGGGCGCAGUAUUCCGCGCGCUCGCCGCACGUUGCCUCGCCGACAUGCGCGCCGAUGAUGACGCGCCCAGCGUCAACACAACGCCAGUUAUUGGUAGUUUCACAAAUCAUAACAGCAACGGCACAAUCCUGCUGCGGCCCGCCAAGCACCGCCCCGGCAAGAAGAGAAACGUCUUCAAAAGUGCCUGCAGGAUUCUAUGAUUUUGCUCUCUCGAG